AUGUCCUGCAGCGUAGACGGGCUGCCUGCGGGGUGUCGACUCCGUGGCAUGGGCUCGGCCGCUCAGAGUGGUCCACUUAAUGCGGCUUUAGGUGGAGCGCAAGAAGCAACAAAUAAUGUUGUACCGUUACAACGACCACCUUCGCAGAAGCCGUGCUGCUUCUGCUGGUGCUGCUGCUGCUCUUGUUCAUGGGCUAAAUGCUUGGCUAUAAAAAAUGCAGAAGACAACGGGCCUACGAAAAAAGACCCAGCUAAUGCCGAUGCGCUUUUCGACGGCGAACAGCCGAGCCUGGAGGAAAUUCGCAGCUGGGGUAAAAGCUUCGACAAGCUGAUGCGAAGUCCUAGCGGGCGAAGAGCGUUCCGGGAGUUCCUGCGCUGCGAAUAUAGCGAGGAAAACAUUCUCUUCUGGCUGGCCUGCGAAGAGCUCAAAAAGGAAACUAACCCCGAAGCGAUCGAGGAAAAAGCUAGGUUUAUCUACGAAGAUUAUAUAUCGAUUUUAUCACCGAAAGAGGUGUCGUUAGAUUCUCGAGUACGGGAAAUAGUUAAUAGGAAUAUGGUGGAACCCACACCACACACAUUUGAUGAAGCUCAACUACAAAUUUAUACACUUAUGCAUAGAGAUUCGUAUCCGAGAUUUAUAAACUCAGCACAAUUCAGAACUCUGGCACAAAUACCGGAGGGUGUUUCGGCAUCUGGUUCUACGGCGGAAAGUCCUAGUAAUUAG